AUGGUUGGUGACUUUAAUGCUACCCUUCAGUCUCAUGAAAAGAAGGGCCCAGGAAACUUCAGCAUGGGGUCAGCUGCGGAGUACAGUGCUAUGGUGGACUCUUGCUUCAUGUCGCAGUUGCCUUCGAGUGGGAGAAAAUUUACAUGGAGCAACAAUCGAAAAACUGGUAAUGUGUCUGCAGUGCUUGACAGAAGCUUUUGCAAUGAGCAAUGGCUGACCAUUUUCCAAGACUCCUCUCAAGUGGUUUUGCCUAGAAUAGCUUCAGAUCAUGGACCGAUUUUGAUGACUGCAAUUGCUAGUCAGCGCCCCUUAAACUGUCCAUUUCGGUUCCAUCAGUUCUGGAUGGACCACGAGGAAUUUAAUAAUGUGGUGGCAUCGUCUUGGUCUGAAUGGAUUGCAGGACCACCUAUUGCUGUUCUCACUUCCAAAUUGAAGCGGCUGAAAGGGGUUUUGAAGACCUGGGCGAGAUCAGCCUUCCCUCACAUUGAUAGAGAGCUUGAGGACGCGAAGACGGUCCUGAACCAAAUUCAUGACCAGAUUGCGAGAGAAGGGAUGAACGACCAUUUGUUUGCCUUGGAAGCUGAUGCGAAGACCGGCUUGGUGAAGGCCUUGGAAAAUCAUGAAAAAAUCUGGGCUGAAAAGGCGAGAAUUAGAUGGCUGAAAGUUGGUGAUCGAAACUCCAAAUAUUUUCACCUUUCUGUCAAAAUGAGAAGAAACAAAAAUACAAUCAGAGCACUCAAGAGGCCGGACGGUACCAUGGUGGAAGGGCAAAAUCAGAUAGGGGAGUAUAUUGUCGAUUUUUUUGAGCGCUUUCAUAAAGAAGCUCCCACAGAGACCCAUGAAGAUUUACUAGAUAAUAUCCCAAAAGUCCUUAACCAAAUGGACUGUUAUAUGUUGGAUUCCCUCCCUGGAAAUGAAGAAAUAAGGAGGGCAGUGUGGGAGUUGGACCCGGAUAGCUCGCCGGGCCCUGAUGGGUUCUCUGGUGUUUUUUUUCGCAAGUGCUGGUCCUUAGUGGAAGUGGAAGUGUGCAAUGCGGUGAAACAAUUUUUUAGCACUGGAUACAUGCCCCACGGGGUCAAUAAUAAUUUCCUGGUCCUUAUUCCAAAGGUGGAGGGAGCAAACACACUGGAUAGAUUUCGCCCUCUCUGCAUGGGCAAUUUCUUUUGCAAAAUUAUUUCCAAAGUUAUGGCGAUGCGACUGGAACCUCUCCUUCCUCGGCUGAUUUCAGAAGAGCAGGGUGCAUUUCAGAAGGGGAAGUUGAUUCAUGAUAAUAUCUCUGUGGCAUCUGAGUUAGCAAAUUUAAUGUUCUCAGCGACCAGAGGUGGGGGUCUUGGCCUGAAAAUUGAUAUUAGGAAGGCUUACGAUACUAUUUCUUGGUCUUUCAUUUUUCAAGUUUUGAGUAAAUUUGGUUUCUCCAAUAGUUGGAUCAACUGGCUGCAUCAAAUUCUGAUAUCGUCAAAAAUAUCUAUUCUUGUGAACGGAGGUCCUCAGGGUUACUUCGGGGUGGAGCGCGGGCUAAGACAAGGUGAUCCUAUAUCUCCUAUGCUAUUUAUUAUAGCCGAAGAAGUUCUAUCUAGAGGGCUGUCGAGUCUGGUUCAGUGCAAGGAGCUACAGGCAAUCCAUGGCCCAAGAGGCGCUGCCACUCCUGGGCAUAUCCUAUUCGCGGAUGAUAUCUUCAUAUUCACCAACGCCUCCUUGAGGUAUGUUCGUACCCUGAAAAAAUUCUUGAUGAAAUACCAAGAAUUUUCAGGCCAGUGCAUUAGCCUAGAGAAAAGUAAACUCUUCCUCGGGAAGAUUGCUCCAGAUCGAAAGCAGGUCAUUGCUGAUACCCUCGGAAUUCAGAUCUAUAACUUCCCGACUCGAUACUUGGGUGUUGAAAUAUUUAAGGGAAGAGUGAAGAAAGAGGCCCUUCUGCCAGUGAUGGACAAGGUGAAGGGGCACCUAGCGGGUUGGAAAGGCAACCUAUUGUCUUUGGCAGGAAGAACAGAAUUGGUUAGAUCGGUCAUUGCAGGUAUCCCUAACCAUAGUUUUGCUAUUUAUUGGUGGCCAACUUCCCUGUUAGCAACAAUGGAACGGUGGAUGAGGAAUUUUAUCUGGACGGGUGAGAUAGAAUCUACAAAAAAAAUUACAGUAAAAUGGGACGCCCUUUGUAAGCCUAAAGAGGAAGGAGGCUUAGGUAUCCGGAGGCUCAGAGACACAAACAAAGCAAUGCUAUGCAAACUAGUAUGGAGAAUCAAGCAUGAGAAGUCGGUGGCCAGUUCUUUCCUUAAGGCUCGAUUUAUUAAAAAUGAUGGCAGCCUCAAAAAAGGCGUUUCAUCUUCCAUUGUAUCGGGGGUUAAAAAGGUCUGGAGCUUUGUGGAAGAGAAUCAAAGAUGGAUUAUCGGGAAUGGUAAUCUUGUAAAUUUUUGGAAGGACAAAUGGUGGGGGCCAAAAUCAGUGCUUGAGGAGCUUCAGAUAAUGGAUUUGACUGCUCUUAGAUUUAAUGCUAAGGUGGGUGACUUUAUUCGUGGUGGAGAAUGGGUGAUCCCUGAGGUGAGAUCGGUGGAGCUCAUCAGAAUAUUUGAUAAAAUUAAGAGGAUUAAAAUCCCCUCAGGUGACUUAGUGGAUACCUGUUGUUGGUCAUUGUCGACUCUGGGGUCUUUCUCUACCUCUUCGGCAUGGGAGGGUAUCAGAAGGACAGCUAGCAAGGUCCCUUGGUACUCUCUGGUUUGGCGGAAAGGCCUACCUCCUAGGAUCUCUACCUUAGGAUGGCGUCUAGCUCAUGGCAAACUCCCAACGGAUGAGCAAAUCAGACAGAAGGGGAUCCAUCUUGCUUCCAGGUGUGCUCUCUGCAACCAAGCUGAAGAAAAUAUUAAUCAUAUCUUCCUCACAUGCCCUUUCACGACCAAAGUUUGGAAAACAUUUGUUGAGUGCUUUGAGGUUAAGUGGCAGCAGCACCAGUCAGUUGACAACCUGGUUCGAUGGUGGAAGGCAAAGGCUAGAGUUAUAAACCUUAAAACUCCCUGGAUGAUGGGUUUUUCCAUUAUUGCAGCAAACAUUUGGUGGGAAAGGAACAGACGUCGGCAUGACAAUGAGUACAGAGCUGCGAUGCAAAUUUUUGAAUAUAGUCGUCAUGAGCUUGGCUCUUGCGUAGGGAAGCUGAAGGGGGUAGUGAAAGCUCCAAUUGAUGUUAUUUUCUGCAGUAAACUGGGUUUGACUGUGGGGUCUUACAAGCAUGCUCACCCCCUCGAAGUUCACUGGUGUAAGCCCCAACCAAACUGGCUAAAGGUUAAUGUGGAUGGCAGCUCUCUGGGAAAUCCAGGAAGGGCAGGGGCAGGAGGGAUUGUUCGAGAUAAUGAUGGCCAGGUGUGUGACUCAUUUAGCAUUUUUUUGGGAAUAAAAAAGUCUUAUGAAGCAGAGGUUGAGGCAGUCAUGAAAGGUAUUAUGAUGGCUAAGGCGAUGGGUGCAAGGGGAAGUUGGGACGCUCUGUUCCGAUCAGAUAAGAAGCUUGCUCAUAAGUUGCUUUCUAGAGCAUCUUUCCUUUGCUGGUAUCUAUGGCGUGCAAGGAAUGACCUAGUUUUCAAUGUCAAGAUAUGGACUCCACAAGAAGUGAUAACGGUGGAGAAGGCAUAUGUUGAAUUCACUACAACUAAUACAAGGGAUCAUCAACAGAAUGUGGCAGUGGGCGGGUCUCUUCAUGCACCAUUUGCGAAAUGGUCACCCCUAGCUCCAUGUUAUAUCAAAAUUAAUUGUGACACGACGCUUCCUCGAGGGACUUCGGAAGGUGGUUUGGCCUUUAUUUUCAGAGACCAGUUUGGAUGGCUGAUUAAGGCCAUCUCGGUUCCUCAAUGCCUAAGUUCAGUAAUUCAAGAAGAGGCACUGACCAUUAGAUCUACUUUAUUUCAUGCUUUGCCUUUAGGAUAUCUACAUCUUCAAGUAGAAUCAGAUAGCAAGGAGAUUGUUAAUUUACUUCAAGACUGUAAUCAAGUACCAUCUCUGGAGGUGGCAACAAUGGUCACUGAUAUUAGGCAGCAGCGUGCUUUAUUUGCUUCCAUUUCUUUCACUUGUAUUCCAAGGGUUUUGAAUAGUGUUGCAGAUGCCCUGGCACGGAAGGCCCUAUCUAUCAUAUGUUUAACAGAUUGGCCAUAUUCCAUUCCUUGGCUUCUCAGACUUUGUGAGUCUGAAUCUAAUGGUUGUACACAUGUUUAUCACCAUUAA